AACGUAAAUAUUUACUAGGUUAAGUGAACUUUGUACUUGCAGCUAAAGUACAUAUAUUGAAGCUAAAUCUAUUUCCUCAAUAGUAGCAAAGAAGUUUAUAAGCAUGAUGGCGCUAAGAAAUCUCCUAAAAAGUGCUAAACCAAUACACAAUUUAGCAAGAUGCUACAGUGCGGGGGCCAAAUUAGUUGAUGUGAAGGUAAAUGAUCAAAAUGGUGUUGCAACAGUAACAAUGCAAAGAAUGCCUGUGAACAGUUUGAACUAUGACCUUUUAAGUCAACUGGUUGAUGCAAUUGAUGAUCUAGAAAAUAACAAGACCCGAGGCAUGAUAUUGACUUCAGCUUCAAAUACUGUGUUUUCUGCUGGUUUGGACAUAAUGGAAAUGUACAAACCACAGGAAGAGAAAUGUAAGAAAUUCUGGACUACUUUGCAAGAUACUUGGUUAAAAUUGUAUGGUUCAUCAUUUCCAACUGCUGCUGCCAUUAAUGGUCACUCCCCUGCAGGAGGAUGUCUUCUAUCAAUGUGCUGCGAAUAUCGCGUUAUGGUCAACAAUUUCACAAUUGGUUUAAAUGAAACACAAUUGGGAAUAGUUGCCCCAAAAUGGUUCAUAGCUUCCAUGCAAAACACAAUGAGCAAAAGGGAUGCUGAAAUUGCGUUAACUUCCGGCCGUUUGUUUACCACUGAAGAAGCUUUGAAAGUUGGUUUAGUCGAUGAAAUUGCCAGCGAUAAGGAAGAUGCUUUAGCGAAAGCUGAAAAAUUCUUCGCCCGAUUUGCUAAAGUCAAUCCACUUGCUAGACAGUUAACUAAGGCAUCGUUAAGGGGAGAAGAUUUACAAGACUUGUUAGAUAACAAAGAGACAGACGUGGAUUUAUUCUGGUUUUCUGUUAGUCAGCCAAUGGUACAAAAAUCUUUAGAUAAAUACAUUGAGGCUCUUAAGAAGAAAAGCGGCAAAUAGUUUGAUAUCAUUUUGUGUUAUUUCUUUUGCAUUUAAAAGGAUACAAUGUAUAUGAUAAAUAAAUAUUGCUAUUGUUUAUAA